UACGUGUACUUUGAGAACUCCUCCAGCAACCCCUACCUAAUCCGCAGAAUAGAAGAGCUCAACAAGGUUGGUACAAUAAUCUGUCCUUCACAUCUACCCUCUGAUUCGGAGCAUUUACAUUAAAACUCGCUGACAUUGACAACCCCAUUUGUAAAUGGAACGCUUAUCAUAUCUGACCUGAUAGCCUGUUUGUCUGUAACCCAUCCCUACACUGGGACGAUGAUGAUGGUGGUAAAACACACACACACCCAGAGAGAGAUUCACACACACACACACACACACACCUCCCAGGUUCUAACCACAAUUUCUUGCCACACACACACACCCCCCCCGCCCAUCUUCCCGAUGCAUUGUGCUUUGGUUAGCCAGCCGGCACUACUACAGUAUUGACAAGAUGCUGGUGAAAGAGCCAUUCCAUAAUGCGGCUGGCUGUAGCAGUAGCAUAGCGGUGGAUGACCCAGGCUUGUUUCCCCCCCAGUCAAAGGAUUACGCUCAUUUAUAUAACACUCUUAAAUUGAAGGGGGUUGUGGCAAGCACCGCUAGGAGAACUCCAUCCUUCUGAGCUCUAAUGGGAGCAGAGGAGGAGGGGCAAUAAUAGAUAUGAUUAUGACUGAGGCUGCGUCUGAAAGUUCCCUUCCCUAUGUCGCGCACUACUUUUGGAAAGAGCACUGGCCUAAAAUGCAGUGCGCUACAUAGGGAACAGGAUGCCGUUUCGGACAUUACCUGAGUGUGAAUUAGACAAGGAGCCCAACAUUGAGGCCUCAGUUUGUCGUUUCUCUCUCCCUCUCUUCAGAUCAUGGUUAAUCCAAUGGUAAUGAUGGAGAGUCUCGCGUCACCCCCUCGUCACUUACAGCCCCAGUUUAAGUUCUAGCAUAUAUUCAAUACAUUUGAUUCAAUUCAAAAUGGCCGAUUUCCAUUCAUAGAUGGGAAAUCGUAUCUAUGAAUGUGGCAUGCCGUUCAGAGAAUAAUAUUGUGAUAUGGCAAUCAUUCAAAGUAUUGGCCAGUAGUGACUGACCGCUCUUGUCACGUAUGUCUCUCAGACGGCCAAUGGGAACGUAGAAGCCAAGGUGGUGUGUCUGUUCCGGAGGCGGGACAUCUCGGGCAACCUCAACACUCUGGCCGACAGCAACGCAAGUGAGUACAACAAUCUUUCUGUCUGUGCAGUCUCAUCUCAGUCCAUCCGUGCGCUGCUCCUUCACUGCGUUCAGAAAGAGAUCAAGAGGCCUAUUACACACCACUUGAGAGCGCCAACUCUUAGCUCUAUGCCAAACUCUAAUGCUGUGCAGUCUAUGGCCUGUGUAAAGUUAUUGGAGAGCAUUAUUAGAGUAGACGUCUCUUUUCAUAUAACCCAGUUUAUUAUCACCAUCCAGGAUAUGAGUACUGUGUUUUGUUCCAAUCAGAUUGGGAUCUCCCUCUGCACUACCAGCAGGCAAUUGUCUCUCUCUCUAAGUAGAGGGAUGCUCCGACUGCGUCCCCAAAUGGCACCCUAUUGAAUGCACUACCUUUUGACCACGAUCUGGUCAAAAGUAGUGCACUACAUAGGGAAUAGGGUGCCAUUUGGGCGCGCCCUUUGUCUCCAGCUGAAGCAGAACAGUGUGUGUGUGAGAGUGUGCAUACUGCAUAGUGCUAUUCCACUGCAGCUGCCAGGAAGAGUAUGAUACUAAUGUAGGAUUCAUUCACAAUGGAGAUGGAAAAUUGGUUUUAGUUUCUAUCAUGAAUCGUGCUGUACUUGUGGGUUGUUGUUGUAGGAGUAAUAGUGGCUGGCUAUUGGUUUGAGAGUCAGUGUUUAUCACACACGUUUCCAGUAAAGGGUUGCCCACUAGAGUGCCCUGAGUGGUGCAUUUGUACGGAUGCCCAGUGAUCAGAGGACGAGAUGCAGAGCGGGGGAAAUGGAGAGGGAGAAGCGGCCGCCGAGGUAGUGUUGUGAUGCUAAUGAUACUCCGAUUACCUAGAGCCCUGACCGGAUUCAUUUACACACAUGCGCGCGCACACACACACACACACUCCUCUAACAUAGUGGGCUGCAUGCUGUGGCAGGGCUCCAGACAAAAGACAUUCAGAUCCACACCUCAAAAUGGAUGCAUUUUCCAGCCGUUUCAUAAUGGCAACUACUACAUCUAUCUCGCUGACGAACAUAGCCUACCUACUUUGUUUCUCUUUGGAUAGAAAAUGUGAUAUUUUUUAUAAUGAGUUUGGCCUGUACAGUGCCUCCAGUUUGGUUUCAUGAAAGAGCCUACUUAUUGCAAGUCACUCUGGAUAAGAGCUUCUGUUUGCUAAAUGACUAAAAUGUAAUAAAAAACGUGUCCUCUCUGUGGUCAUUUAGCGACAAUAGGAGGUAGGAACUCCAGUAGGAAGCAGGGAUGGCCAGGGGCUCUGGGUAGGUGGGUGGGUGAUCUCCUGUCCUGCCCCCUCAGCCCUGGAGCCCCUGCUAGCUGAUUGGUUAUGUCACUGCGGUGUGUUAACGUUAACUGCCCCUGUGUACUGCGGAGGUAUUCCAUCUAACCUCCCCUGGGGGUCAGUGGAGAAACACACAGACUGAAACUGGCUGCAACCAGUCGAGAGAGCCUGGGAGAGAGGAGGAGGCUGGGGUUGGGUUGCAAACAAACGGCCAUAACUGGGCCGGUGUACAGACCGAGUGCCCAGUCUAGCCCCUGCCACCCUCGGGACCUGGCCCGGCUGCCUGGUCCACUCUGGUCUUGCAGACCCCCCGCUACACACACACACACACUGUCGGCUGUUACGUUAUGCUACGCUACUCUACGUCCCUCUCUGGCGUUUUGGCUCGGGCGCAUGAAAAACGCCUGUGCUCCCGCCUCCCGCUCAGUAGCACGAGCCACCGCUUUGGCACUGUCCUGUUACACAAGACCUGGGCUUCUCUCCCAGCCUCUCUCUCUCUCUCCCUCCCUCCAACAGUACCCCCCCCCCCCCCACUACUCCUUUAUUCUCCCCCUCCUCUCUGCUUAUCCUCCGGCCCAGGCACGCUGCUCAGAACAAAAGGCCCUUGAUGUGUCCCACAGGGCUGCGGCACACAACGGGUUAACUCUGACUUGCCUUGUCUUUGUCAAGGAAGAAAGUGUGUGUGUAUGAGAGAGUGUGUGGAGGGAGAGAGCGCGUACACUGCUCUGCUGGAGCGCCACUGCACGUGGGUGUGCCUUGAGGGCCUGUCUGUGUGCAAGUUAUUUUUUUUUUGUGGGGGGUGGAUACAUGAUGAGGGGGAUGGGCGCCUCAGGUUUGAUGCACAGGGUUUCCCACUUAGUCUGGCAGGGACUCGCCGGACAAGGGGGGGAAAGGGGUUAACAGAAAGGGGUGUGGCCUGAGGUCUUGUCCCCCCUCUCUACUGACAGGGUUUCCUGUGGCUGAGUGCAGGGGCGGAGUCCCGUGGAGAUCGAGUGAUUGUCCUGCCCAGUUCGUUCUCCCCCCGCUCAAUCCACCACCACCUCACACAUUACUGACUCACCCGCCUCAAAUUAGGAAUGCACAAUUUUAGUGGUGUAACACUAGAUAUAAUGCAAAACCAUCUUCCAUAUGGGGAAAAGUAAUGUUUCUUUAUCUACAUGGACAAAUUUUAGCCUGCCAGGUCAUAUAGGCUAUAUGCAGUCAUUUGUUUACAUUGACUGUAAAGCUUUAGUAGGGCUAUAGUAGGUCAGUCACUAGAAUAGACUAGAAGAGUUUGUCCUUCUGAGUAGGAAAUUAUUUUCAGUGUCCGGUAUUGGUUACACAUAAGUACAGUUACAAGUUUAAAGUUCCAGGUCAUAGGUUAUGAUAGACUUGGACAGUCACAGUAGAAAAAAGGGCAAUGUAUAUAGUCAGUUUCACUUUGCUGUUUAGCGUGUUUGAUUUCAAUAAAGAUACUGCUGUGUGCCGUCAGUGGUUGGAUCCACUGUUCCGCCACUCUGAGCUUGAUUCCCUCUUACCGUUUCCCCAUCUACAUUUCUAACCUGUAUCUGUCAAUAAGACUUGAAAAUGCCAAAACAAAUCAAAUAAAGGUACAGCGGGAGCGUCAUCCCCAUAGCCACAAUUAUCAAUUGGUUAUAUUGAUAUGAAUUGUGUGAUUGAACAUACCCUGAUCAAGAUUAUUAGAACCCAGGUAAUUGGAAAAUGUCCAUUGUUGCUAAUGUGUCUUUGUGUUCUGUGUUUCGUAGGAGACUUUGAGGAGGAGUCCAAGCAGCCCACCGUGUCUGAACAGCAGAAACACCAGCUGAAACACAGAGAACUUUUCCUCUCUCGGCAGUUUGAGUCUCUACCUGCAACUCACAUACGGUAAGAUGGAGCGUGUGUGUGAACGUGUGUGUCUCCCCUGAGGCGUAGACUCACCCCAUAGCAGUAGCUGCAAACAAGGGUGCUGCCAUUUUAACCCUUUCAACUCUGACAGGAUAUAGUGUCAUGUGACAGGACUGAUAUGCACAAUUAACCCUAAACCUUGAAAAUUAUCCUCUGGCCCAUUCACAAUCAUUAAGCCACUGAUGUGUUCCAACUGUCCCUUUUCAUAACACGAACCAUCACCACUGUUCAGGCUCCUGAUUUUAAAAUGCAGUUAGUCAAGGGAUUCUAACUGUUGAAAUCAUUUAACUGUGUUGAAAUGAUCUUGCAUGAUCAGAAGUUGUUCUUUCACGGGAUCUCCACAGACAUUCCUCUGUUUUUCCAGUGCCUUAUUGGGGAUAAAGGCCUAGUACAACAGCAGGGUUAGGUGCCGCUCAGUUCAGAUUAAUGAAAGACCCAUGGGAGUAUUAACGGGGUGUAUUUGCAGGGUGCCGUAUUGACCUUUGACUACCCCUCACUCUGUCGCUUCUCCUGGCACCUCUCUCCCUCCCCAGAGGGAAAUGUAACGUCACACUCCUCAACGAAACGGACGUCCUCGCCGGCUACCUGGAGAAAGAGGUGAGCUUCAGUCUCUCCUAAGCGUCACUGUUCAUCACCAGCAAGUCUGUCCCACGUAUUACAAUGAGAACUGCACUGUCGAAGGAUUUAUGGCGAAAGAGUUGUGCAUGUUCUUCUAAAAGUGGUGUAUGUUUUUAUGACUGCCUUUUUUGAGUGAGGACCAUAUGUAUUGUUUUGAUACAAUAAAGCACGUAAAUAUACUGUGUAUUGGCUGAGAAUGUCAAUUCUUCAGCUCCAUCCAUUCCUAACAUAUGUUGUUCAUCUUUCUGUCCAGGAGUGUUUCUUUUACUCACUGGUGUUUGACCCGGUCCAGAAGACCCUCCUGGCGGACCAGGGAGAGAUCCGCGUAGGCUCCAAGUACCAGGCCGAGAUCCCUGACAAGCUAGCCGAAGGUGGGUGGGUGUGUGUGUGUGGGGGGGGGGGGGCUGGGGUGGGGGGGCUGGCUGAACUCUCACCUUUUAGACUGGCCUAUCACAUUGCAGCCUAUUGUGGUGGUCAUAGUGCUGUCAGACUACACACUCUUGGGGUUGAGUUCCACCCCACUUCUAAAAGUGCUGGUUUGA